ACCAAUCUCGCAUCACUCCGAGGUGCGAGAUGGGUCGCCUGGUGGUGCCCAGCUGGCCUCUCUAAUCAGUACUUCGAUUGCUGACAGAUGAUGAUGGCAAAAUAAGUGCUUCUCCCCCCUUGGAUUUGCCUCUUCUACAUCCAGGUUCACCAUGGCAAUGUCUCAAGCACAUCGACCCUCGGCCCUCAAGCAGCAGAACAAGAAACACAGAACCCUUGGCCACAGAUCCAAGGGCAGUAUUGCUAAAACUAACAGAGGCAGAGUCAGUGCCAAGAACCUGAGUAAAAAGAUCAAGUUUGAACUCAGCAGAGAACAGCGGAAAAAUAGGGCCAAACAGAUCCGAGCAGCCAAGAAAGAGGAGACCGCCUUUCGGAAGCGGUCUCUAGGCACACAGUACAACCCUCCCUUCCUGGUGACAGUAGUGCCACUCAGCCCUUCCAUCAACCCCAGGACAGUGCUUGUUGCCCUUGGAGAGUGUGAUGAAGGAGCCACAGUGUGCACGAGUCCCCAGGGCAUCACACACAUCAGCUCACAGCGGUUCAAGCAGAGGUUCUCAUUUGUCAUACCACCUGCCAAUGACUUGUAUGCCAUCUUAGACAGUGUAAAGACCACCGACACCUUACUGCUGCUCUGGCCUGGGGAGGAAGAACUUGGUGGGGAUGCUGACCUCCUCCUCUCCUCCAUCAUGGCCCAGGGGCUUCCUACUCCUGUCCAUGUUGUCACAGACCUUGAGGAGCUGGCACAGAAGGAGAGAGCUGUAGGCCAGGAGAUGGAAACGGAUGAAUUGGAGCAGGAUCUUGGCAGCAAGCUGUCCCUCGAGCCUCACCCAGCCCACUUCAGGCCUCAUAAGAAACACCAAGUGAAGCAGAACUUGAUAAAGGAGAUAGAGACAAGGUUCCCAGGGCCUGCCAAGCUGCAUACUGUGGAGAAGCCCCAAGAUGCUCUCCUGAUUCUGAGGCACAUUGGCGCACAGAAGCAGAGACCCAUCUUCUUCAGGGACAACAGACCACACAUCAUGGCAGAGAAAUUGGAGUUCUUGCCUGAGGGAUCCACAGGAACACUAAGGGUGCAUGGCUACCUGAGAGGCAAGCCACUCUCCAUCAAUGGGCUGGUCCACAUCCCAGGCUGGGGGGAAUUCCAAAUGUCUCGCAUCAGCAUUUACCAUCUGGAUCCAUAUCCUUUGGACCAGCGCAGUAAGGAAGGUGACAUGAUUGAUGCAGAGAUAAAACUACUGAGUGAGGCUGAUCCAGACAUCCAGGAGCCCCUUACAUCAACGAAUGAGGUUGACCCAAUGGAAGGGGAGCAGACCUGGCCAACAGAGGAGGAACUUGCUGAGGCUGAGAAGCUCACAGCUCCCAAGACACGCACCAAGCGGGUUCCCAAGGGCACCUCAGACUACCAAGCUGCCUGGAUCAUUGACAGUGACAAUGAGGAAGGAAGCGUUGGCGAUGAUGAGGAUGAGGAUGAUGGGGAUAACAGUAAUAUGGAAGAAUAUGCCCCAGUGGAUGCCAUGUCUCAGGAUGGCUGUGAGGAAGAUGGCAAUGACGAGGAUGAGGAGAGUGAAGAGGAAGAGGAAUACGAGACAGUGACAGUGACAGAGAAUGAGGGCGCCAACUAUGACGAGAAGGUAGACUAUGGAGAGGAGAUGGACGCCCUGCAAAAGAUGAGAGAGGCAAGAGAAGAUGCAGUGUUCCCAGAUGAGGUGGACACUCCCCAGGAUGUGGCAGCUCGGAUCAGGUUUCAGAAGUACCGAGGCCUCCAGAGUUUCCGCACCUCAGUCUGGGACCCCAAUGAGAACCUGCCCCUUGACUACUCCAGGAUAUUCCAGUUUGAAGACUUCCACCGCACUAGAAAGCGUGUACUGCGGGACGAGACUCAUGGAGCUGAGCCUGGAGGGUAUUUGAUGAUAGACGUGAAGGAAGUGCCACAUCACCUGUACAAGGAGCACGUAGCCACCCACUCCCCUCUGGUGGUGUUUGGCCUCCUCCCCCAUGAGCAGAAGAUGUCUGUGGUGAACCUUGUCAUCAAGUCCCAUCCACAGGGCCACUUCCGCCCCAUCAAGUCCAAGGAGCGCCUCAUUUUCCACGUGGGCUUUCGUAGGUUUGCCAACUGCCCAAUCUUCAGUGAACACUCUACCGGCAACAAGCAUAAGUUUGCUCGGUACUUCCACCCUGGCAGCACUGUUGUGGCCACCAUGUUUGCACCAAUCACCUACUCUCCAGCCUCAGUGCUUGUGUUCCGGCAGCGAGGGGAUGGAGCACAGGAUUUAGUGGCUACAGGCUUUCUGCUAAGUGUUGACCCCAAGAGGAUAGUAACCAAGAGAGUGGUACUGAGUGGCCAUCCAUUCAAGGUGAACCGUAAGACAGCUGUGGUGCGCUACAUGUUCUUUAACCGGGAGGAUGUGAUGUGGUUCAAGCCGGUGGAGCUGCGGACCAAGUGGGGCCGGCGGGGACACAUCAAGGAGCCUCUAGGAACCCACGGACACAUGAAGUGCUUCUUUGACGGGCAGCUCAAGUCACAGGAUACAGUUCUGCUGCACCUUUACAAGCGUAUGUUCCCCAAGUGGACCAUGGACCCCUUUGUUGCCAGACCACCUCCACUCUACACCUUCCACUCAGCCCACAAUGCAGACAGUGAUGAUGAUGAUGAGGAUGAGGAAGAAAGACAGCAACCUUUAAGAAAAAAGAGCAAAAUGGUAAAAUUCUUCUCCUGAAAAUAUCAUAUUAGUUAUAUUUGGAAUUUAUUUAUUUGUGCUGUUACUUCCCAUGACUGCCACAUCAGUGCUCAGGCAGGACUGCCCCUGUGAAAUGUCGUAAUAAACAUACAGGUCUUG